UAGAAAUGCAAUAUUCUAAGUAUAUCAGAAUCAAAUCACUUGGAGAAGGUGCUUAUGGAAAGGCCUUUCUUGUGAAGGAUGCAAAAGAUGGGUAAAAAAUGGUAUGAUUAAUUGUAAAGUUCAUUAUGGGUUUAAAAAUAAAUCGACGUAAAUUUGAUGACAGAAAAAGAGAGGAUUGAAACAUAUAGAGAAUUUAAAGUGCUUUAACAACUCUAGCAUCCUAAUAUCAUAAAAUUCAGAGAUGUAUACCUUACAACGUCGGGUAAACUUUGCAUUAUCAUGGAAUUUGCUGAUAGUAAAUGAAUGUCCCUAGUACUACCUUAGGAGGUGAUUUGGGUUAAAUCAUUAAGAGCUAAAAUGGAAAGUAAUUUCCUUAGAAUUAAAUUUUGGAUUGGUUUACACAAAUAUGCUUAGCCCUUAAACAUGUCCAUGAUCGUAAAAUCUUGCAUCGUGAUUUGAAAUGUCAGAACAUUUUUCUUACAAAAAAUAAUCGGAUAAAGUUAGGUGAUUUUGGGAUCGCCAGAGUACUUUCCCAUACUUUAGAAAAUGCGAAAACUUAAAUUGGAACACCUUACUAUAUUUCUCCAGAAAUGAUUGAAUCAAAACCUUAUUCCUAUGCAGUAUUAUAAAUUUUUUAACUAAGAGUGAUAUUUGGUCUUUAGGUAUUGUUCUCUAUGAGAUGUGCAUGUUAAAACCUCCUUUUGAAGCUGAUAGUUUGCCUUUCCUUUGUCUUAAAAUAUGCAAAGGCACUUUCAACAAUAUUUCAUCAAAUUAUUCACCUGAAUUCAAUAACAUUGUUAAAUAAUUAUUACAAACAACAUCAAAUAGAAGACCAACUAUUAAUAAAAUAUUGAGUAACAUAAAAUAGUUAAUUUUAAGAAAUACCUCUGAUUGUCAAUAGAAUAAAAGAAUUUUUAAGUCAAAGUGUUUAAUAAAACGAAUUCUCUCAUACCAUUUUACAUUAAUAAGUAAAUUUAUUUUUAUGAAAAUUAGAAAAUAAAUAUAGAUAAUAAUGUUAAUGAAUUAAAAGUUCUAGAAGAUUUACCUAAACCUCCUAAUCUUAUUGCUUAAUAAUAAUAAAGUAGUCCUAUUAAUUAAAAUCCUGUUCCUCUUAAAAAAGCUAACAAUUCUACUCCAAAUAACAUUCAAAAUACUCCAAAACCUUCCCAACCUAAAUAAUAAUAAUAAGCUUAAAAACUAUAGCCAUAAAAAAGAGAGAGAUCUUUUACUCCAUAAAAAAAUCAAAUAAAAAAAUAAAAUAAUAUUUAAGUCUCUAAAAAUAAUCCUAUAAUCAAUCUUGCUAGAAAUGAUAGCAAAAAGAAGGUUGCUUAGGUUCAAUCAAACAAUUAAAUACCUUAAACUAAAAGGGAUUCAUAAGUUGAAUAAAAUUAACAAAGAUAAAGACCAAUGAAUAAUGUCAGUUCACCAUCAUUAUAAUUAAAAUAACCUCUUUAAAAACCUCAAUUAAAUUAAUAAUCUUCUUAAUAAUAGUUAAAACAAUAAUAACCUUAAAAAAUGAUAGAAAAUUUUGAAAAUUUAAAUGAAUAUGAUGAUACUGAAUAAGAUGUAGUAUAAAUGGAUUAUGGUAUUAAAUUUGAAUAAUCAGAUGAAAAAAAUGCAAUUGAGGAUGCUAAAAUAUGUGCUAAAAUGGAAGAAGCUGUAUUAUUAUAAUUUUAUUAUUAGUUAAUUGAAAAAGAUGAAGUAGAUGAAUAAUUUGAAUAAUAGAAGAAAUAAAUAUUGGAAAGUGAAGGAUAAAGUGAUAUACGUGUAGAGGAGGAAGAAGUUGAAAGUUCUUUAGAAAAAACAAAACCUAUAACUGAAUCAAGCCAAUUAUCAUUUUUGGGUAAAACUAAUGGAGUAGAAUAAUUAAAGAUACAUUUAGAAUAAGUCUUAGGAGCAAAUAAAAUGCGAUAAGCAAUUUAAACAUUAAUAAAGUAAUUUAAUGUUUAAACUAUAGUGAAUUAAAUACAAAACCUUUAGAAGAGGUUGAAAAAAAUGGGUAAAAUUAUUAUCAAAAACUGUUACCCUUCUUAUCUUUAGAAGAACGUAAGAAUUUUGUCCUACUUCUUUUUUAACUAAUAGUUUUGACAAAAUGA